AAGGUCUUUGAUUUGCAAAACAUGAGGCUGGCGGAGGCAGCUAAUUUUUUUCUUGGUGUCUGUGAGAAAGCUUUGAUUGUAUCUGUCAACCCUUAUGGAAAAGAAGGAGGGCGUUUGAAGAAAGGCCGUCUUCUAUGACGCUUUAUUUGGAAAGGAAUGUGGGCUGGCUUGAACCACGGCUCCCAGGCCCCUCUGUAGUUCAAUUUUUGUUGGUAGUAGCUGACGUCAGGAAUUUUUGAAAACAAAGGAACGCGGUCCCGUGGAAGCUGAACUUCCUGCAUUUGGUUUAAUGAUUUGUUUGAAAAGAAAAACUGCAAUUCCCACAGUGCACUAGGAGCGGUAUUACGCAAAUCAUCUUCCUGCAGUGAGCAUUGUGGUGAGACGGUGGGAUCCCUUCAUUCUUCCGGUUCUUUUGGUGUUGACAGGAGGACCUAGAAGAAAGAUGCUUGACGUAAAAGCCUGGGCAGAGUACAUUGUUGCGUGGGCUGCAAAAGACCCCUACGGCUUCCUUACCACUGUGAUCUUGGCCCUUACGCCACUGUUCAUAGCCAGUGCUGGGUUGUCAUGGAAACUUGCGAAAAUGAUUGAGAUCAGGGAUCGAGAACAAAAGAAGAAACAAAAACGUCAGGAAAACAUUGCAAAAGCAAAGAGGGCAAAGAAAGACUGAAAGACUUUAAAGUGCAAACUGAUUGCAACUUUCUGCAGUUUGAUUCCAAUUUCUUAUAUAAAUGUUUAACAAAAUGGUGAGGCCUCAAGUUGAAGCCUGUCACCUGCUGGCUUUGUAUAACAGUUUUUUGUAAAAUACACUUUGAUGAAAACUAGUCUAACUUUGUGUGCAUAAUUUUAUUAUAUAUGUAAAUUUGCAUUCCAUCCAUUGAAUUAACACUUCCAUAAAAUGUAAUUAACAAAAUAAUGUACAUUUUCUAAGUGUACUAGUCUAUAAUUGAUUUACAUCACAAUUGUGAAGCUGUCGUUGGAGAUGAAAACCGUUCACUGCAAAAAGAAAAAAAAAUAAACUAAGAUCAAAGUUUG